CGAAACUCUAGAAACGCUCAAUGGGUUAGAUUUGUGUUCUCUGUACAUAGUAUGAUUUCAAUUUCUGAUCAAGAUUACCCAACUCUUUGGAGUCCAGUUUCUUCAUCACCCGCUCCAUCGGAGAUUUCCGUCCGUCCGUCCGUCUUUCUCAUCGCAGCUUCGUUUUAGCUUGGUCUUCUGUUUGUCAUCCUUAGACAAGAUGACUAGUGGUAGCAGUGCCUCCUCUACACCACCGAACAAAAAGAGUAAAGCUGAAGAACUCACUGCUGCAAUGGAGACAAAAAAGGAUCUUACUGAGGAGAUCCAAAGGCUGGAAGUGCUUAAUGCGAAGCUCAUUACAGAUUUAAUGGUUUCCCAAGAGUCCAUUAAGAUAGCCAAAGCCAAACUGGAGAACAAUGCUCUAAUCAUCAGGGAACUUACAGAUGGCGUUGAAAAUGUGGUUGAUAAAGUUGUGAAUGCUGAUGUGGUUGGCUUGGAUGAGGUGAAUGCUGAUGCAGUGGGUCAAGGUGAGGUGAUGAUUGCUGAUGUGAUUGAUGAAGUGGUGCAUGCUGAUGCAGUCGGUCAAGGUGAGAUGAUUGCUGAUGUGAUUGAUGAAGGGGUGCAUGCUGAUGCAGUCGGUCAAGGUGAGAUGAUUGCUGAUGUGAUUGAUGAAGGGGUGCAUGCUGAUGCAGUCGGUCAAGUUGUGGAGCGGCAUCAGACUCGAGAGGACCUUAAAGUGACUAUGUUUGAUCUCAACCUCAAGGUUUACAGUCGGAAACGAGAUCGCGGUUAGCGAGAGUUGAAGUGUCGAAUCACGAAUGUGGAUGAGUAGAUACCGAGAGCUUAUACUGAGAGAAUUUGUGUAUAUGUUACAGCGUUGCCACUAGUGGAGAUAGUUGUCUAAGAAAGGAAUCAAUCUCUGUUUGUUGCUUUACUGAAACUUAAAGCUACUGAUUUCCAUUUCAUGUUUUGUAUAUCUUGAACGGCUGAAUAUAAGGGUCCCUUAUCUCAUUCUCAUUACUGC